UUCAAUCGUUGGUUAGAUUUUAAGAUCAUCAAAUUUAUGAAGAAGGUGAAAUUUGCCGGGCAUCAGGAUAUCUCGAAACGCAAAGUUGGGGAAUAAAAUUGCAAUGCCUGCCGCCUCGUCGAUAUACUUUAACUCUGAGGACUCUCAGAGGUCUUCGGCGGACGGAUCUGAGCCGAGUUCUUCGUCUUCCGGCGGCAGGCGGCGGUACAUCGAUCCCUGGGAUCUGGAGAACUACGCGUAUCUCAGACGUCGGCAAAUCGAGAUAGUCUUACCCCGGUCAAGUGAUCCCGAGGGAAUACAGAAGGCCAAUUUGACAAGGCAGGUCAACGAGUCUGGCAGUGACUCCUAUUACUGGUACCCCAUGACGACAGCGACGGGGGAAACUUCAGGCUAUGAUACUUCCAGCCCCGUGGACGAGCUCUAUAAUCUCGGAUCAUCUCACCAGGUCAAUCAACCCCUUUCGUAUCCCAUGCAACAAGCCACCUACGAAGAUGACGCGCGAUACGUCACGUCGAAUCCGGUCUACGUGCCGCUUUCCGAUAUCGAAUGUCCUGAAACCGCAGUUGAACCACACAACGUGCCAAAUGUUCUCCCAAGACGCCGGAACAGACUGAUAAAAGAUAUGGCACAGUAUAUGGAAGAGUGUCCAUGUCCUUUUCAUGGACCCCUGCAGCCGGAAAUUGCUAUGGCAAAAGACGCUGCGAGUGUGAAACAGGCGAAACAGCUGGGACUAAACACCUACGGACACCUCAGGAUCGACUACGCCAGAAGCUGGAACUCGCUGCAUCGUAAAAUGAAGAAAUGACCAUUUUGUAUGUCUGUAUUUAAAGAGAAUGUAAGUUAUACUCUCGUGACUCACGACGAGACAGUUGGAGAAUAAGAACGCGUUGUUUUCCUAUGUGUAUUUUAUUAAUUGUGUUACACGUGUAUUAGGCAAUAAUCACUGCGAACGAUUGUCAGUGAACAUGUAACUCAAGAAGUAAUAACAUUUUCGCGGUAGUGAAUUUCUAGGUCUUGAUUAAACGAUUUUCCAUUAAUUCUACUGCAAUAUACACAAGAUUGUAUUGCUAUGCUAUCACAUGAUCGAAU